CCCCUCGGGGGCGGGGGGGGAAGAUGGCGGCGCCCAGGGGCCCUCAGCAGGGACCGCGCCCCGCCCGGCCCGGCCGGCGGGGCGGGACACAGCCCUUCGGGGGCCUGCGGCCGGCCCUCUGCAGUCAUGAGGGGCUUAUGGCGUGUCCGUGUAUAGAUACACGUGCGCUUGCGUGUGUAUAUAUCUAUGUGCCUGUGCGCCUAUGUACACGCGCGCAGGUGUGCGGGCAAGACUCCGUGUGUGAACGCCCUCAGACAGGGAAAUCGGGAUGUGCCAGCAAAACCUCCGCUGGUCUUCUGGUGUCCUGUGUGUUUCCUGCCUCUGCUGCUACUGUAGGAAGCCGGGGAGUUGCUCUUUCCUGCCUGUUGUAGAGAACUGGUGAGCAGAAAACUUGUUUUUAAUGAAAUGUCCAGCACAUGCUGAGAAACAAGUCAGAAAAACCAGCAGAAAGCAAAUGUCAUCAGAAACACCCACAGCCGGUCCAGAGGUGCCAAUGGAAAAUACCCAGUUCCCUGGAGUUCCUGAUGUGGAAGGAAAGACAAAGUCAAAUGACGGUCCAGUAGAGAGACUGGAGGCAGGCUCAGGCAAGGAAGAAUGCCUUGAGUCCAUGUCCAAGAGGCAAAGGAAGAAGCUGUUGAAGCAGAAGCAGUGGGAAGAACAGAAAGAUCUACGGAGGCAGAAACGAAAAGAAAAACGCCAGAAGAGAAAACUAGAACGUCAGUCAAAAUUGGAUUCCAGUAGUGAGGGAAAUGACAGAAAGUGCAUGCGAAGGGAAGUUGUUCCUAGCACACUUCGCCUCGUUGUGGACUGCAGCUUUGAUGACCUGAUGGUGUUAAAGGAUGUUAAGAAGCUUCACAAGCAGAUUCAGAGAUGUUACGCAGAAAACCGCAAGGCUUUUCAUCCUGUGCAGUUUUACUUGACCAGCCAUGGAGGACAGUUGAAGACCAACAUGAAUGAAAAUGACAAAGGAUGGGUGAAUUGGAAGGAUAUCCAAAUUAGAACAGAGCACUACAGUGAGCUAAUAAAGAAAGAAGACCUAGUGUAUCUUACCUCAGAUUCCCCAGAUGUUCUCAGAGAGCUUGAUGAGAAGAAAGCCUAUGUGAUUGGAGGACUGGUGGAUCACAAUCACCACAAGGGUAUUACUUACAAAAAAGCUAUAGAGCAGGGAAUUGGUCAUGCACAGCUCCCGCUUGGAAAUUUUGUCAAAAUGAACAGUCGGAAAGUGUUAGCUGUCAAUCAUGUGUUUGAGAUCAUCCUUGCAUACCUGGAGAAGAGAGACUGGAAGGAGGCUUUUUUCAGUGUCCUGCCACAGAGGAAAGGAGCUGUUCCUUUGGGAGAAGCCAAUGAUUCAUCCAAACAUGCUCUAGCUGGAAAAGAAGAUGAGGACAAUGACUCGGACAGCAAUUAGGCUUUAGAAUGAGAUGGUGGGAAGGAUGAGACAUGCAGUUCGUGGAAUAAAAUUGGGACAUGAAGUAGUUUUACAUCAAAGACUGUCUGCAGCCCUUGUAAUGCUAAAUUGUCUCAGUGCUUGGUAGUCCCAGAACAGAGUUUUUGUGCAUGAAGAGUUAAGUUAAAUGCAGGUUUUUACCCUGAAACUUCAAUAUAAUAUCUUUUUUUAAAAAAAAGGAAAGAAAUUAAUGGCAAAUGCAGCAUUUAUUUUUUUUUUCCAGGGAAGCUGUUUAGUUUAUUUUUUUAAUAUUAUUUUUUAUACAUACCAAGUUGGGUGUAAAUGCCAAGAGCAUUAGUAGUUACUAUUUUAAAGUCUACAUUCUUGUCUCCAUUUCUGUUCAAAAGCUUUCUUAAAAGCAAUGAAUGAGAAGUGUUCCUUUGGCUCCAAAACCUGUACCACUAGUGCCUGCUGCAAAGUGCGCAUGAACACUCAAAACAAAAAUUCUGAUUUUCCUGAGCAUCUCAAGAGACAAUCACGAGCAACUGAACUGCCUGAUUCAUAUAUUGUGUUUAGUUAGCUGGGGUCAGUAGGUGAAGUAUAAAUGUGGGCUUAAGGCAGUGCUUUAUACUUGAGUUUGAGAGGGAUGGGUGCUAGCACAGGUGCAGAUCAUGUGUCUUGGCUGGCACAUGGUACACACUGAGGUGACUCAAACACUUUUGAUUAUUUCUUCAUAUUCUCAGCAAAAUUUAUCACACAGCCUCAAAACACCAGGAGGGAGGAACUCUUCCUUACCGGUCACUCAGAUUCAGUAUUCCUGAAUGGCAUGAUCCUGUAUGUAUUGUAUUGUAUUGUCUAUAAAAUAUUUUUCCUUUAAAAAAAGUCAUAGUCUUGGCUGGAUGUUCUGAUUCUGACUCAUCAACUGACUUUGGUGCUUUGACAAAGUAGUGAAGUGGACACCUUGGAAGUGAGGCUUUGCUUCAGCCCUGUGAGGCUGCCUAUCCCUUUCUUCCCCAGGGAGUGGCCAGGUAGCUGCAGUGUCUGGAUAAGUGCAGCUCUCACACAGGUUUCUCAUGCCUGAAGAGCAAGAGGACGUGGCAUCCUAAGUGUUCCUCUCUGCUGAGCUGCAGUCAGAGGGCUGAUUCAAGUAUGCCUUGUCUUGUGCACGUUUUUCUUCCUCCCUUCCUUGUUAGUGCUUUCAAGUGGACACUGCAGGUGGGAUCCCUGUGGGUCCCUAUGGUCUGUAAGAGCUUGGCAACCAACUGGUUAUGACUUACACACUUAGUACACUUUGCUCUGUACUUUCUAAAAGGCCAACAGAAAAGUUUCUUCUGUUAAAAGGAUGCAUUGUGGUCUCUUACUGAAGUUCCACAGGGCUUUUCUUAGGCUUUACAAAACCUUUUAUUCUUUGUUGCAGAAACUAGAUCAACCUUUUCAUAAAAGCAUUGCUGGUUUUAUUUCUGUAACAAAAAAGGCAGCAUAAGUGUACCCAGCAUGUAUUACACUGAUUCUCUAAUUGAAAUGCGUAAAAUUGCGAGGAAUUACACCCUUAUAGCUGAGGUUCUGCAUGUUAAUGCACGUAGCACCUAUUAAACCUGAUCUAAGACUCCUCAGUCUGUCCAAGGUUUCCUUAAGACCAUUUCACACAUGUGCCUCAUUUACUCAUGCUUGAGAGUAUAGGAGCAGAUGGUUCAGACAAACUGGGGACUUUCAGAGACAUGCUGAAAGUGUUCCAAAGCAUAUUACAGAAUUGUUGUGCAACUUAAAACACAGCCUUACAACUUUACCAGGGUAAUUACAUUUUCACACCUGCACACAUACAGGUGCUUUUAAAUUCAGCUGUUUAAACCUGAAGCUUACCUGUCCAUGGAGAAACAGAAGGAAAACAUGGUCUGGUGUGUUGCUGUUCAAAGGCUGCUCAUGUCAAAUGCACAGUGUCACAACAGCUCUGUGGCUGCUGCCUGUUCAUACACAUUGCUUGUCUCACCUACCUGGUCUUCCUGUCCCACAUCACAAGAAACGUGGUCAGCAACUCAAGGCAGGUCAUCCUCCUGCUCUGAAGAGAGCCCACCUGGCCUGCUGCGUCCAGAGCUGGGGCUCACAACAUGUGAAGCCCAUGCACCUGUUUGAGCAAGUCCAGAGCAGGCCAUGAAGAUGCUCAGAGUGCUGGAGCACCUCUCCUGUGCAGACAGGCUGGGAGAGCUGGGGCCAGUCAGCCCAGGAGAAGAGAAGGCUCUGGGGAGACCUUCCAGCACCUUCCAGUACCUGAAGGGGACCCACAGGAAAGCUGUAGAGAGACUUUUUACAAGGACAGGUAGUGGUAGGACAAGGGGGAAUGGCUUUUAACUGGUAGAGGGUGGAUUUAGAUUAGAUAUUAGGAACAAAUUGUUCACUGUGAGGAUGAGGACUUUCAACUGCUUUUCAUUUUGGAUUUACAUAUUGUAUACAAGUUUUAGCCCUGUUUGGUACUCUUGUGUUCUAGCUUGUGGCAUGCUACUUAACAAAACACAUUUAUUCUUAAUUUUCAAUCUACAGACCUAGCUGUUGUUCUCAAUAUUUUCAGGAUGGCCGUUUGCAUAUUUCAGGCAUGGCCCACUAAUGUAUUACACUGGAAGCAGAGAUAAAUCACUGUACUGUUCUAUAAUAAGAAAUUACAAGGAAUUUGUUUCUGAUAAGAGAAAUAAAUAUUUACAUGCAGUGCUUUAGGGCACUUCUUAAAGAAAGAUCUUUCUUUGAGCCAGCUUUAGCUGUACAAAGUUAAUGAAACUGUAGGAAAACACACUGGGAAGUUCUCUGCUUCACCCUGCUGUCCUCAGGGAAGAUCAGCUCUGACAGGCUUGUCUAACCAAGACUUAGAGACCUCCAAUGUGAUUUGUUCCCAGUCCACCAUGAUGUUGAAGCACAGAAUAUUAAAAAGAUAAUCUGCACAGAAGCUCUAGAAAAACAGGAUCCCUGUGUUUCACCACCAGGCGUCAUUGCUGUGCUUAGGAAAGCUCAGACUUUCAUCACUAAGCUUUGUAAAGUUUCAGGUACUGCCAGAACUAUUGCUCAGCUGGCAGCGGAAUACUUCCAGAGAUCUUUAAACCUGUGUAGUAAAGCAUUAAAAAGGCCAUGAAGAAGGUAUGGCUCAAGGAACCUGAAAAGAAAGAAACUAAAAAUAGGAAGGGGAUAUGGCAGGAAGUCAAACCUUCUGGCUGAAAUGGGCGAACUUCCUUUUAGUUGCAAGCAGUGGGAAGGUCACAGUAAAAUGUCAUAAGUAAUCCUGUUGUUUUGUUCCAUUCCCACUGAGUCUCAAUCCCCUUGGUUCAGAUUUCUGAAGUCAGGGACCCCAGCAAUGUUCAUCUACAUCCAUGUUGUGACAAUUUCCCAAACGCUGUACUGCAGCAGGUUACUGUACUUUACCAUCUUGUCUAUAUCCUAGAUUCAUGUCAAUUUGCCUUUUCUUUGGCUUCCACGUGUCCCAUGUCAUGAUGUAUGCUCGUUGACCCUAUGUUUGCUUAUGGAGCAGUAGCGUUUGAUUCUAGACAUGACUCUGCAGAAGAGCAUCUGAGUGGAAAAGAGCCUCUCUGAACAGUCCCACCUCAGAGGCGUUUGGUCACAAAGUUGACAGUGAUGGUGGGUUUUGCAGUGCACACUGGCAUGCUGCACAGGAGUGUAGCUGGCCAAGGGGAUCUACACUGAUUGUUAUUCCAAAAUCCUGCAUGCAUGACAAGGCACAUGGGCAGUUGUGGGGCAAUGUGACUGCCAGCUGCAGGAGUGCAGGAUAUGGCAUUCCCGAAGUCCUUAAAGCUUGAGGAUAAGGUCAAGGAAAUUUGAAGAGUUACAGUGUUUCUUUGAUUUAAACAGAACUUUUUAUUGCUCAGGCUGUGCUGUAGAUCACACUGAAGAGCACAGGUUCACUGCACCAUUAUUGGUAUUGGCUCAUAUUAUUGUAAAGUAUCCAUUUAUUCUGCAGGAGGGUUUUAAAAUAAGCCAUCAGUAAGCACAGAUUCUUCUCAUUGUAAGUUAUUCUGAAAAGCGGAGAUGGACUUCAGUGUGACUUCCACCUCUAGAGCUGAAUAAACUUUGGCCCAUCUUUGAAAUGUGUACCUUAAUUGUCUCUCUUUCAAGAAGGUGGCUUUGUUAGCUGGAACAGUAUCUGCUGCUGACAAUCCUAAAGCCAAAUAAUCAAAUGUCUGAUUCAUAUUCAUUCCCUUU